ACUGCAAAACUGAAUUAAUUGUACGUACUGGAGAGGAAAAAAAAAAUUGAACUCACAAUGGCCGUGAUUAGAGCUUUGAAUGGUCCCAAAAAGAGUGUUGGCAUCUCGGCGCUUAAAAUUCUAGUGAAGCUGCUACAAAAGAGCUUGGCACUGGCAAGGAAACCAGCUGCUGUGGAUUACUUUGAGGGGUUUGGGGUCAGUGGCAAAGCAGCAGCAGCAGCAGCAUUGCCGGAAGAUGUGAAACAGGGACACUUUGCGGUGAUCGCCGUCGAUAACGGGAAGCAGAAGCGGUUCGUUGUUGGGCUGAACUAUCUGAGCCACCCUGUGUUCUUGAGACUGUUGGAGCAUGCGGCGGAGGAGUUUGGUUUCGAUCACCAGGGCGCGCUUAGCAUCCCUUGCCAGUGGAGCGAGCUCGAGAGCAUUUUGGCUCAUUCUUGAAGAUAAGCUCAAUUAGUGUGUUCACUUAAUUAGGUGUAAUUGUCGGUAGAACCACCCAAAUUAUUAUAUAUGUAUGUAUGCAUGCAUGCAGAGUGAUUAUUAAUUAAUUCAUUCCUGAGUUUGUUGUUAGAUAUUUGAUGAUUUGUAUGAUAAAAAUUGAGUAUAUAUGUUUAGCGAUUUCCAAAAACAUCCGUAUGAGAAGAUUACAUAUAUUUUGGGACAGAGAGAAUGAUAUUAGAAACCUCUAAAUAGUCUUAUAAA